UCAAUCUUGCUAGAGCUCUUUUGUGUUUCAAGAAUGGAGAAAGAAGCACUAGUUCCCAAACUCACCUCUCUAUCACGUUCACGUACGCCUUCACUAAAAGAAUGUGUGGGGAUUUGCCUCGGAACAGUGGCCAUCUUGGGCUGGAUCGCUUUCCUCAUUCUUAUAGCUGUUGUCCAGUAUGAACAUAAAAAAGAAGAAGAUAAUUAUGUGCCAAACGUUACAAUACCUUCAAUGGAUUUCACGGUUCUUAAUAUAACAACAGAGACUAGCCUUACCGUAAAAUGGGAUGUAUUGGUAAGGCUCCCUAGUGAUCUCCCUGGUAGGUUUAUGUGUCUCAAAGGAGAUUUUAAGUUUUCCAUACUAUACAAAGGACUAACCAUCGCCACUUCAUCCAUAGAGAGUUACAAUUUGAUUCCACGGUGGGCUCAGCUGAUUAAGGUUUCAUCGAUUGCUUCCGAGGACGAUAUGGACAGUAUGACUAUGAAAUAUAUGAUGGCGGAUAUUAAGGAGAUAGGUGAAAUAAGGUUCAGAUCGCGGUUGGUACUUCCGGAUUGCAGAUAUGGGACGAGCGGAAAGAUGAACUAUGCGUGUGAUGUAGCCAUCUUACGUUUCGAGCCUGGCUCACGGAACAAUGCAACUUUGUUUGGAAACCUCCCUAUUUGCCGAUACCUACGCUAAAGUAUAUAUACUUUUCGUCAAUAAGUUUCUUGUUUAAUUAGUUUUCCAAAUGUAAUGUUAGAAUUGCUAUGAUGAUAUGGAUUGGUGUCACUUAAUUAGAAGUCAUACAUAUAAUAAGCCUAAUCAUUUCAGUAUGUUCCUUUGUUUAAAACAUGUGCUAAGCAUGCGAUGAUCUAAUACUUAGCGUAUAAAACGUGUAAUUUAAGACAUACUGUAUAAGAUUUUACGCGUUUACAAGA